AUGAUCAGAGUGUUGGAAAUACUCACUCAACCGAAUUUCAAGUUGCUCCACCAUCGAAUCCUGACCAAGAGAAAAUCGACCCCCGGAAUAGGAAAUGAGGUUAAGACCGAUGCUCCUGAUACUGGAAUGAAGAAUAGCAACAGCUGUGACUCCGCGCCAGAAGUGCACUCUGAAGAUACGCAAAUGGAGCCAAAACCAGGGGUUGGGGACCAAGUGAAUACUGUGGACCAUGGUACCAUCGCUCCACCUUCACAAAUUACCUCCGAGAACCCAAUACAAGACAGGCCCAAAUCCCAAGUCACGACUGAAGAGCCCGAGCCUGAUGCUUCUCAAGAGACGUGCUUGGAGCCUGAGAAACCAAAAACUAUAUCGUUAAACCCUGAAAAUAUCCCAGAAGCCUCCAAAACCGGGGAAAGCUACAGCCAGGAUAAAGAGGUGACUCUAGAUACAGCACAUACAGAAGCUACUCUUGCACAACAGGGCGCAGCCAUGUCAGCUCCUGUCGAGCCGAAUUCAACUGACACGGCCAAAAAGGUUCGAGCUCAGCAAAUGCAGUCCCUUCAUCCAUUCGCUACAAAGAACAAGGCGCAAGCAAAGAAGGAGAAAGAGACCAAGAAGAAGCAGCAGAAGAAGGAGGAGGCUGAUCGAAUUGCCAAGGCCAAGGCCAAGGCCAAUAAGAUUGCAUCCUUGAAGAAAGUGAAGAUUCUUACAGAUCCACAGCGAGAGCUUGAGACGUCCAUGGGUUCAGCCAACUCAUCCAUUGCUGGAGGUGUACGCUUUGAUGUAGACGCAGCUGGCGAAAGAACCGAGGAUACUCCCGAUGAGAUAAAGAAGUCUAACGGCCCAACUAAGGCGAAGGCUACUGACUUUAAUACGGAAGACAAUCAAAAGAAAAUGAAUCAGGCAGAUGAGAGUGCCCAACAUCCAGGACUCCAGCAAGCCUCAUCAACCGAGCCUGAGCGGCAACUCGAUUCUGAGUCUCUCCUCUCGCCACAGGAACUAGGCUCCACUUCCAUAUCAAAGAAAGCCAUUCCCCUCAAUGCUCCGUCUCAUGACGAAGCAAAUCCUUCCCACAAUGAUUCUACUCCUACCCACGAACCAGAAUGUGAAACAGGGUCAGAAAAAAAGCCAUCCACAUCAUUGCUGGCCAUUCCGACUCCGUCUGCAGAGGAAUCCGAACUUGGUCAUGGUGCUUCUAAUCUUCCGCAAGAUACACCUGUUUUAGAGACUGCCGCUCAGUCUGAAAACGCCUCAGCCGAAACACCCAAAAAGAAGAAGAGGAAGAACAAGAAGAAGAACAAGAAGAAGACGCCCGCUUCCGAACUUAGUACCGAUGAUCAAUCUGCAACAAAUGAACGUACCCAAAGGCCUGUUGUUCCGUGUGAUUGGGACAUGCACAGUUAUGAUCCUUUCACUUCGCAGAUGACCCAUAUUGAAGCCAUCCGAUACGCUGUCAAACAUGAUACUAAAUCCUACUUUGCAAAAACCAAUGCACGAAUGGACACGAAAAGGAAGGCGCGAGAGGCUACUGAAAAAUUGUUGAAUUCACUCCACACUCUUAUCAGAAGUCCGAAGGUUAUCUUGAGUACUUUGUCCGGCGGAGCGAUGGAACUUGUAAGGAUGAAGGCGUGGAGUAUUGGUACAGGCACCGAGCAUGGUUUGCUGGAAACUCCGAACAUGAGUACGGAGUCACAUGGGGAAUGGGGGUUCGAUCGAGUCUUGCUAGACGUGAGCAAGGUAACCUUAAUUUUAUGCUAUGUGGUUAGUUCAGAAAUUGAAAUGGACACCAGGCAAAGAUGGUGUGAAGAUGAGUGA